UGGAGAUGUAAGCCUAAUGGGGAAUUUAUGAUCACAAUUUUAGACGUUUUGGAAGGGCGUGAGAUGCCGUGGAGAGGAUUUUAAUCUAAACCUGAUGUUGUGUACAAGCAGAACCUAAACCCUGGACAGUUGUAUCCUGAUCACAAACCUGAUUUAACAAGAUGGCCCAAUCACCCUGUACAACACACAACAUGGUGUACAACUUUGCCAAGUACACCAUACGCAUCCUUUUCACACUAGCCACCAACUUCUACUCUAUACCUGCGUACUUAGUGUGGAUGUUUGUUUUAUGGCCGUUGCGAAUCGUUCACCCGAAGCUGUACUGGGCUGUGGAAGCAUUUCUCUUCAACGGGUUGCUGUCUAUGGUGGUGGCCUGGCUUGGAACGGCAGGCUAUACCAUUGUGGAGGCUGGUGAUGAUGUAAGCAGUCUGUAUGAGAAGGAGGUGGUCCUAUUAGCAAACCACCAGUCAACUGCAGACGUACCCAUACUGAUGGCAGCUGUCCACCCGAAGCGCACUGUGGGGGGUAAGGUCAUGUGGAUCAUGGACAUGCUGUUCAAGUACACCAACUUUGGGGCAGUGUCCACACUAAGAGGGGAUUUCUUCAUACAGCAGGGAAAACUUGGCAGACAGGAACAGCUGGUGAAGUUGAAGAAUCACCUGACGUCCUCUUACAUUCCCACAGAUAAAAAGUGGGUGGUCAUCUUCCCAGAGGGUGGGUUCCUGAGGAAGCGUAGGGUAGCCAGUCAACAGUAUGCAAAGAAGAACGGUUACCCUGUACUAGAGCAUGUGACAUUACCCAGGAUUGGGGCUCUACAGGUGGUACUGGACACACUGAGUAAUCAAGACAAUAGCAAGGGCUUCACAUUACCAGAUGGAAGCAAGAAAAAACCACUGGAAUGGCUCAUUGACCUGACGAUAGCUUAUCCAAAUGGACGACCCCUUGACCUUCACGGGAUCUGUAUAGGUUACUGGCCUGCCUGUAACAUCGUGCUGCACUAUAAAGCUUACAGGGUGAAGGACAUCCCACGAGAUCCGGUGCAGCUGUUGAAAUGGCUCUACGACAGAUUUGAAGAAAAGGAGGCUUUCCUAGAAGCAUAUUACAUGACUGGUAAAGUGCCUGUGGACACCAAAUCUGACAGGGAGCUGCCACAGAAAGAGCCUCACAGUCUGCAGCAGGACAUAAUGGGUGUGGCUCUGUUCCAUGUGUUUUACCUGGCCUCCACCUACCUGCAUUAUUGUCUUCUCUAUAAGCCUAUCCUCAGCCUAUUCCUUAUAACCCACUGAAUAUUGCCAUGUGUAUGCAGAUAAGACCAGGAUAUACAUGUAUGUUACUGAGGUCUCAAUACACCUGAACAGUGUAUUCUACCCCCAACAAAAGUGUAUGCUGUCUCGAGUUACCCAGCAUCCAGCUGACACUCUGGGAACACAACUACUAAAUAGUUUAAAACACAAUGACAGUAAAAAAGGUUUCACAGUCAAUAUUCAAGUUUCAUGUAAAUCCUGCAGGAAUCACAGGAUUUUGCAAGCUAAGGGUAACAGAAUAGCGGAAGGUGUGUCCUCCUACACUGGUUUGGCUUGGACAAGAGUUGUGCCUCAUGAAUGUUAUUUAUUUUUAUGCUCAGGUGCAUACAUCAAUGCAUCCCGAUAUAAAAAUUAAUACAAUAUGAAGAGAAUUUUUGACUUCUAACAUAACAGGUGAGCACUGUUCAAAGUAAAAAGUUGAUUCCCAGUCUGUUAUACAAGUCACAAAAUCCUCGUGUCUUUGGCGAGAUUCCUGCAGAACUCAAGUACGGCUUAGUAGAACAGUGCUAGUGGACUUUGAUUGUCUGUUAGCUACUCUGGCUGCAUUCAUAUGUCUUCCUGCGUUACAUUAUAAACACACUUACAUGCAGAAGGCAAUUAGCCAUUUAGAAUUCACGUAACAUACAUCUUGUAUUUUAAACUUUUUAGAAGUCCUACUGCAUGUACCAGAUGGUCAAGUAACAAGAGACAACGCAAAGAUUCUGCAAGACUACCUACUGGUCUGUGUUUGUAAGCCACCAAGGCCAAUUUGCACUAAAUCUCCUGUGUGGGUUUCUUUGACAUUGUAUGUCUUAAAUUAAAUGUACACCUAGAAAGAUUUUUUUUUUGUUUUUGUGGUAGGUUUUUUUUUUCUCAGAUGGAUAUGCUAGAGACAGUGUGAUCUGAUUGAAGUUUAGCAGGACAGCAGAUGUAUGCUUUAUGGCAAGAAAUUACUACAUACUGCCCUAGUAGUGUGUAGUGCACAUGUGCCUAACGGAAAAGCGUGGUGGCAUCAUAAGACAGUGUGAUCUGGUGUGGUUAUUGAUGGCUUGAUUACUAAAUAGAUUACAUAUCUCAGCCAUAUAUUUGGUAAUAUUUACAUAAUCCACACAGGUUCCAUAUAGGCCAGUUUUCAAUUUGUUUUUAAUGAGAAGUCUACGUACUACUGAACGGUUAUUCCUUGUGAAGAGGAUGUUGUUCAAUGACAUGAUGGAAACUUUAGUCAUUUUUAAGUGCUUUUAUGGUAUACUUAUACUCAAUAAUAUUUAAUUCCACAUUAUUAUCAUCUUAAUAUGAUUAUCAAUUGAUGUCUUUUGCACUGCACCAAAGUUUCCAAUUUCACCAAUGCACUUAUUAUGGUUUUAAUGAAUUCAGAUACCAUUUUAUAGUGUUGUUUGUUUAAUAAUUAUUACUAGCAAAUUAACACAUUACAAUUAGUACUACAAAAUUAACACAUCAUAUUUAUUACUGUAAGAUUAACACAUUACAUGAUAGCAUGUCGUGGAGAUAUUAUGCACAAUGUAUUCAGUGACCACUAUUAUCACUGGAAAUUCACAUGUAUAAUGAAAGAGGAAUGAAAUAAUUUGUGUCAGUAUUCAAAUUGUGGAAGUGUGGUCGAAAGUGUACGCUUUGUAUGACUACAAACUUUUAGGUGAAUUGAUAUGCAAAUCAGGAGGUAAGACUAGUUAAGCCAAUGAAAGUUGUUUAUUAUCUGUGUUGUUUUUAAGGUAUUGUGGAUGUAACAUGAGUUUUAUGUGUGUAAAUAUAUAGCUGUGAUGUAAUGUUGUACAUGUCAGAGAGUUGAGCACAGAAACAACACCUUCUAUUGCACUUUGUGAACACAUUUAUCCCCUCAUACAUGUUGUUUUAUAUUUGUUUAUUUUUUUAUUACUAUUUUUUUUGUGUUGUUGUUUUCUUCUAAUUUAAUAAUGUACAAUGUUGUACGUACAUUUUUAUUUUGAAAAAAAGUUAUAAAUGCAUUUCCCAUAUAUCUGUAUAUGUUGCUCCUUUGUUCUGUAUAUUUAUGUAAAAUAGUAUUUAUGCAUAAUUUAGUUGGUGGUAUAAAGCAUAACACAUACAUGCUCCCUCUAGUUUAGUCUUUUUCCCCACUGAUAAUAUAUCUUUCAGUCUUUGUCAGAUUAUAGCUGUGUUAAACUGCUAAAACCCUGGGUGAGACUACAGCAACAAUCUCUGGUGUCUUGAGUAGGUGACGAGUACCAAGUAUCAAGUGGUAACGGUCAGGAUAUAUCAUUACGUACUGGUACUCACUGAACCUGCCGUAGUAAUGUGUUGAACAUUUAACAUAAAUCAAAGUUCAGAAUGAUGUGAAAGUGCAGAAGGCGUCGUCAUUUGCUGGUUCUGUCUGAAUAUUGAACCCUCAGUAGUAACAUUGCUUUAGUGAUAAUCAUAGAGGAUUGACAGAACAUUAGCGGUCAGGCCAAUACUGAACCUUCACCAGUAAUGUGUGGUACAUUGGAGGUAAGUCAGAAUGAGGUAAAAGGUCGCUGGUACUGUCUGAAUAUUUCAGCUUCUGAAGUAAUCUGCGUUUUAACUCUUUUAUGUUCAAGGUGACGAGAACCUAGUGACAAGAUGAAGGUAAAAAUAGCAGUCACUGUUGUUGUCUAAAUACUGGACUCUUUUGAAUACCAUUGGUCCUAAUCUGACCAAAUCUUGUUAUUCUUCGAUUUGUACCUUUCGGCGACAAUAGACUGACAAUUUAUACCUUUCUAUUUGAUUGGCUUCUCCAUUUUGUGUGUCAAGGGACUUGUUUUGUGAGCUGGAGUGUGAGUUGGCAACUGUUACACGAAAGCAUGGCCUGUAAAUUACAACUUACCGGUAGUCCGUGUUUCGGGAUGCCAGUACAGUUGAAUGUUGACUACGUUGUAACUUACCCACAGUUGUGAGGUCCUUGUGUCGGGAAACGAAUGCCAGAUUUUAGCUUCUUUUUUGGGGGAGGGGGGGGGGGGAUUUAUAUGUGGAAGUAUGCUCAUAAAAAAGAUGGGAUUUUAUUGAGAUUAUUAUAUUCCUUUCUUUACAUGCAAGAUUUUCAGUUAACCAGAAGGACUUAUGUUGUGGAUGGAAAUUACGAACCAUUGGGAGAGUAGUGAUUAAGUUGUUUGUGCGUCAUAUUAGAGUGGAAGAUACAACUGAGUAUAAUUAAUCCGGAAUUACCCGUUCUAACGCUGUGCACUCAAGUUACACAUUUUAUGGAAUAAAAGGCAUAUACGUGGUACUUACUUGGGUGAUUAACAUAUUCCACGUAAUUAAUGCGAAGGUUCUCAAAGGUUCUCCGUAUAGAACGGGGGGUUUCUUUUUUAUUGUUUUUACAGUUUCAUGUCGCAAAGUUUUAAUAGUCAUAUUUUCUGUCGUUUUUCCCGUAUGUCGUUGUGAUAAUUUGUUUGUUGUCAGUAUUAUUUUGAACCACGUGGACCAAGAAUUAAUUAGGCGGUCACCUGUUUUUUGUGCUUCAGCGACCUUGAUGCUAACCUGCUGUGUUGCCACAUUUUACACAAACAUUUAGCUAUACCGAAUUGUAUGCUUUCUGUUUCAAUUCGUAUUUCCGCCGAACUUAAAUUCGCUCUUUGACUUACCUGGUUUUAAUAUUUACCCUUUUUUCUAUGGAAGCAGAAUUAUCGUAUCGAAUUCGUGUCUCGACAACUGGCACACUGUAAUCAGAAGCCACUGUUACAGAGCUUUUUGGUUAUUCUGUUUCCCAAAGUAAUUUCAUUUCAUUUUAUUCGUGUUUGCAUGUUCUCAAAAUUUGAUUGCGCUGGAUUGUAAAUAUUUUAAUUUCUGACACAUCAUCAAUUAUCAUGUUCACUACUCUGCCUGGAAUACUCCCAACUGCUUUUAGCUGUCGUCCUGUAACUUACAUCAUGAUUGUAUUUAACAACAGCAUUCUUCAAGAAAGCGUGCGUGAAAGUUUUAGCUUAGAUGGUUCACAUAAAAAUAUCCUUCAAUUGACAAAAUUAUGGGUUAUAACGAUAGAAUCAAUGUCCUGUAGCAUGUCACGGCGAGAUUUUCCGGUGAGAUUUAGCUGAUCCUGUAAAAUCGUUAGUGUUCACAUUUGGGGGGUAUAUUGUUUUUGUUUCUACUUUACUAGUAGACAAAGCUUAUAAUGUAUCCUACAUUGGUCCUGUGAAAUACAGAUUGCGGCUGAUAGUUCCCCUGAAUAAACUGCUAUUCAGUGCAAACGAAUGACUAUUAUCUCUUUUUUAUAAAUAAGGAUUGAUCCAAGUUUCCGUCAUGUUUACUGUGUACGAACGAGCGAUUUCUGCUCUCAUGCGAAGGUUUUUGAGACUGCAUACAGUAGUGCAUGGUAUCUAAUGUUCACAUUGGGAACAUCUUACCAAAAUGUACUCACUCACCUCCUUUGCCAGAGGGGCAGCGCCUAUCCAAUUUAGGUGUUUCGUUAGGGUCAUAUUUCAUGUGUUAGGUUAUAACAUUAAAAACUUUUGUGAUUUUGUAUAUGUAUACAUUUUCACCUCACAGUACCCAUAAAGUUUAGUUGCUCAAGGCAUUUGUUUAUACCUCGUCGCCGCUUUUGUUGUUUUCCUUUUAACGGCACUACCGGUGUUUUAUUUUCACGUUUUGUCAUCCCGUUAUACCAAUUCAUGAUUUCCUAUCAAAGAGAAACAUAGCAUAUUGCCAAACAACACUCUAUACCCAGUUCUCACUGUGAAUAUUAGAUACAAUGUAUGGUCAAUAUAAACCGAAAUCCUCGGUCAGUCUAUAUAUACUCUUUAGCGUUAAUUCUAUAAUCAGGAAGACUUGUAAAUUACAGGGAGGAUUCAAUCUUCCGUUGAUACUAUUGGUACAUCAAAUGAGCUGAUUUUUUGACUGGCAGGGUUACCUGCAAAAAGUCGCUUGGUGUUUGAUCGUAGUGCCUACUGUCAUUCAAGUAUUACGUUACCAGUUUGCCCACAAAUCCGUCUUUCCAAAGACAGAAUUGAACUGUGGCCUGUUCGAAUUACUUUUAGCGGGAAUGGUUACCUAUUGCUAUGUAUACUUUAUUGUCUUCUUGCUGAGAUCAAACAGCUCAGUACAUAAAGCCACAUUGAUAGGAUUAUGUGUGAAGUAUGGAUAGGUAAUGAAUUGUAUACCUAUGGUGGGAAAGGUUUCAACUGUUGGUAUCAGCGAGCCCUUGCUUGCUACGAUUGUGAAUCAAAGUAUUUCGGAGAUUUGGAUUUGAAAAUCACAUA